AUGUCCCUUAAUUGCGUCGUUUUUGAACCAGGUACUUUGACAGAUUUUCGUUCAAAACGUGUCCGACAGGAUAGUUAUCAUCGAAUAAAUAAUGAUGAAAUUUAUCAAUCAUUUUUUAUAACACAUACAUGUUAUGAUUGUAUGCCUAAAAGUGGCAAAGUUGUAUUACUUGAUGCACGUUUAUCAAUUCGAAAAGCUUUUUUUGCACUUGUAUUCAAUAGUGUUCGAGCAGCUCUUGUAUGGCAUGCACCAACAUCGUCAACAAUUGGUCUUAUUACAAUAAGUGAUUUUAUUAAUAUGCUUAUCGCUGCUUAUGAUACUAAAUGGAAUAGUGUUGAUAGUCUGGAAACUUCAUCAAUACUUGAAUGGAAAGAUGAUUUACUUAAACAAAAUGGAACUAAAAAUGGAUCUAUUGGCUCCAAUAUAUUUCAACUUUCUCCACAAGAUAGUUUAUAUACAGCUAUUUUAACAUUAAUUGAUCGUAAAAUACAUCGUUUACCUGUCAUUGAUCCUUUAACACAUGAUUUUUUAUUUUUAAUUACUCAUAAACGUAUAUUAAAAUUUUUAUAUUUCUACAUCUAUGAUUUACCACAACCACAUUUUAUUCAUCAAACAUUAGAUGAACUUAAAAUUGGUACUUAUGAUAAUAUAGUAAUGGUAUGUAAAUCUAGGUUAUAA